GGCCCAGACGUCGAUAUUUUAUCCGUUCUUCCGGACCCGGCGCUGUCGCGUGUGGUUAUGCUGUGGACGAGUGUCAAUUGCACGAGAGACACUUUCAAACGUGUCGUACUGGCGACUUCGCGUCGACACGGCGCUCAAGAUAUUGAUGGGCGCAAGUCUGACUGGAAGGCGGAUCACCCAGCCAUAUGCGCGGCACUGACUAAGGUGGACUGGCUGGACCUGCGCCGAAUCACAGGGGCCACCGUCUGGAGUGUACAAGUUCUCUAUAGGUUGAAGCUACGGGCCUUUUCAUAUUGGGAUGAGGUUCACGGGAGGCCCGGGUGUCCUCUUCCGGUCUGC